AUGGGCGAGGAAAAGCCAGAGACGUUGGACUUUGUCAAAGACUUCCAAGAGUAUCUCAGCCAGCAGACUCAACAUGUGAACAUGAUCUCGGGCUCCGUCAGUGGAGUCAAAGAGAUGGACGACUUACCAGCAGGUAAGCCCAGCCCAGUUUAGACCUGAGGGAAACUUGGGUCUAGUUUUAACGUUUACCCACCUUGCAAGUUAUUUGCCGACCAUUCCUGUUUGCUACACUUUUCCCGCUUCCUAAGCUAUAUCUGUAAUUGGUAGACUGUUCUGAUUAGGAGGUUGUUGUUUGCAUCGCGGAGCGGUGCCCAGGAAAUAAUUAAAUCCAAUUGUUAGACGCUACUACCCCCUCCAAAUCAAAACCAAACAUUGAUUCCAUGUUGUGUUCUCACUCCUGUUUAUUUUAGCUAAUCAGCCUUGCAAUAUGGGCACCAUGCUGCCCCAGAUGUAGCCUGAAGACCCCACCUUGAAUUCUACGUCAGGGAGAAAUGUGCGUUUGGAUCAGGAAAGUUUCCUUUCACGACCUCUACAAGCCAGAAUGUUGAAUAAAAUGAUAUUUUAACUUACUUUACCAGUUGUCCAUGUGGUUGGUCCUUUUUGCAGGUAGGAAUGUCAGACAAUAUAUCCCAGGAAAGUAUAAUUACGUCAACUUUUCAAAGUGCUGGUAGUGUGUUGAGAUUUCUAUCACCUGAAGCAUGCGCACAAGAUGAAAAUACAUUUACGAGACGCAUGCAUACUUAGCGAGUAUUUAAUGAUUCUUUCCUGUGGAUAUAUUGUCUCACAUUCCUACCUGCAAAAGGAUGAACUGCACGGACAACCGGUUAAGUAAGUUCAAAUAUAAUUUUAUUCAACAUUCUGGUUUGUAGAGCUUGUGAGAGGAAACAAAUAUAUGGCAUUAAUCACAGACCGUGAACCAGAGGUAUCACAGUCUGAUUGUCAGGCAAUCACAGACGGGAAGCAGAGGAAAUGUGUGUGCGCAAUGUGAGAACAAAACAUUGCCAUAUAUAUAUAUUCGAUUUUGAUUUGGGGAGGGGGGGUAGCAUCUAAAAACUGGAUUCAAUAGUUUAUUGUUCACUGCUUGGCGAUGCAAAUGUCACCCUCCAAUCAGUAGCUUCGGAUGCUGGACACAUGCUGUUAACUCAUGGUCAAAUGGCUGUACCUGAUUAUCUUGAACGCAGUCGCUAUGGAAUGCCCUUAGACCUCGUCUCAUUAAUUAAUGAAAUCAUUAAUCAGAGGUCUAAUAUUGGGCUACAGGUAUCAACACACAGGCUGUCAACUGACUCUUGCCCUUGUCCUCUGAGUUUUAUCCAAACUGUUUCAUGCAUGAUUCUGUUAAAAUCCAUUAAUGCGAGUGGAGUGUAAUUAUUUUUCUAAUCUUCAAUUUAAGCCUACUAGAAAGUGUGUGCCCUCAGGCCUGGAGGGAAGCAAAAGUUAUUCCUCUACCUAAGAAUAGUAAAGCCCCCUUUACUGGCUCAAAUAGCCGACCAAUCAGCCUGUUGCCAACCCUUAGUAAACUUUUGGAAAAAAUUGUGUUUGACCAGAUACAAUGCUAUUUUACAGUAAACAAAUUGACAACAGACUUUCAGCACACUUCUAGGGAAGGACAUUCAACAAGCACAGCACUUACACAAAUGACUGAUGAUUGGCUGAGAGAAAUUGAUGAUAAAAAGAUUGUGGGGGCUGUUUUGAUAGACUUCAGUGCGGCUUUUGACAUUAUCGAUCAUAGUCUGUUGCUGGAAAAACGUAUGUGUUAUGGCUUUACACUUCCAGCUAUAUUGUGGAUAAAGAGUUACCUGUCUAACAGAACACAGAGGGUGUUCCAUAAUGGAAGCAUCUCCAACAAAAUCCAGGUAGAAUCAGGAAUUCCCCAGGGCAGCUGUCUAGGCCCCAUACUUUUUUCAAUCUUUACUAACAACAUGCUAUGUAUGCGGAUGACUCAACACUAUACACGUCAGCGACUGAAAUGACUGCAACACUUAACAAAGAGCUGCAGUAAAUUUCAGAAUGGGUGGCAAGGAAUAAGUUAGUCCUAAAUAUUUCCAAAACUAAAAGCAUUGUAUUUUGGACAAAUCAUUCACUAAACCCUAAACCUAAUCUAAAUCUUGUAAUGAAGAAUGUGGAAAUUGAGCAAGUUGAGGAGACUAAACUGCUUGGAGUAACCCUGGAUUGUAUACUGUCAUGGUCAAAACAUGUUGAUACAACAGUAGCUAGGAUGGGGAGAAGUCUGUCCAUAAUAAAGUUCUGCUCUGCAUUCUUAACAGCACUAUCAACAAGGCAGGUCCUACAGGCCCUAGUUUUGUCGCACCUGGACAACUGUUCAGUCGUGUGGUCAGGUGCCACAAAAAGGGACUUAGGAAAAUUGCAAUUGUUUCAGAACAGGGCAGCACGGCUGGCCCUUGGAUAUAUGCAGAGAGCUAAUGUUAAUAAUAUGCAUGUCAAUCUCUCCUGGCUUAAAGUGGAGGAGAGAUUGACUUCAUCACUAAUUGUAUUUGUGAGAGGUAUUGAUAUGUUGAAUGCACCGAGCUAUCUGUUUUAACUACUGGCACACAGCUCGGACACCCAUGCAUACCCCACAAGACAUGCCACCAGAGGUCUCUUCACAGUCCCCAAGUCCAGAACAGACUAUGGGAGGUGCACAGUACUACAUAGAGCCAUGACUACAUGGAACUCUAUUCCACAUCAAGUAACUCAUGCAAAGCAGUAAAAGGUGAUUUAAAAAACAGAUAAAAAUACACCUUAUGGAACAGCGAGGACUGUGAAGCAACACAAACAUAGGCACAGACACAUGCAUACAAGCACACGAUAAUAAACGCACUAUACACACACCUACACAUGGAUUUUGUGUUGUAGAUAUGUGGUAGUAGAGUAGGGGCCUGAGGGCACACACUUAAUGUUGUGAAAUCUGUUGUGAAUUUAUUGUAAUGUUUAAAAAAUGUAGAACUGCCUUAAUUUUGCUGGACCCGAGGAAGAGUGGGGAUCCAUAAUAAAUAAUAAUAAUAAAAAUAAUAUGCCACUUAGCAGACGCUUUUAUCCAAAGCGACUUACAGUCAUGUGUGCAUACAUUUUUUACGUAUGGGUGGUCCCGGGGAUCGAACCCACUACCCUGGCGUUACAAGCGCCAUGCUCUACCAAUUGAGCUAUAGAUAUAUUUCUUGAACCUGUGAUGUGAUUGUUUCUGUACCUGUGCAGACUGCAGUCAGAAUGGAUUAGACCACCCCUCAGCGGAUAUGUCCCUUGAUGACGGCUCAGGGAUGCUGGUGGAUGGCUUCGAGAGAACAUAUGAUGGCAAACUCAAGUGCCGUUACUGUAACUAUGCUACCAGAGGCACAGCACGACUCAUUGAACAUAUCCGCAUUCACACAGGUGAGCUUGAAUAGGACAGAUAACAACAUGCAGAUGCUACCAGAUGAUAUAGGGCUAGAUCACUCGCUAAGCAUUUUCUCUUAUACAAAGCGUUCACCCUUUUAUUUUCAUUAGGCCUAGUUAGUUAUCAAAGACAAAAAGCUAAAAACAUGACAUUUAACAUUUCAUCCUAAGACCUUAUUCUUCCUUGUAAUUCUUUAUCUUCCUCUUUCCUCUUAUCAAACAGGAGAGAAACCCCACAGAUGCCACCUGUGUCCUUUCGCCUCUGCUUAUGAGCGCCACCUAGAGGCCCACAUGCGCUCCCACACAGGAGAAAAGCCUUACAAGUGUGAGCUGUGCUCCUUCCGCUGCAGCGACCGCAGCAACCUUUCACACCACCGCCGCCGCCGGCACAAGCUCUUACCCAUGAAAGGUGCUCGCUCCUCUCUCUCCCACAAGAAGAUGCUAAGCGUCCUGCAGAAGAAGACCAGCCUGGGCUAUGGUCGCCGGCUCCUCAUCAACUUCAGCCCACCCUCCAUGGUGAUGCACAAGGCUGAGCACCUGGACGACUACUCCCACGAACUGCCCCACCUGCGCCAGGAGACCUACGAUGACCAGGGUGCUGGUGGAGAUGGAAGCUCCAGGGACGACCACCACCAUCACCACCACAACUUGAUCAUGGACAACCCCCUCAACCAGCUCUCCACCCUGGCCGGCCAACUGGCCAGCCUGCCCUCCGAAGCUGAGGGCCAGACCCAACAGCCUCCCAUGUCUCCAGGUACAGAGUCCUGUGUGGACGAGAAGCCCUUCCUCAUCCAGCAGCCUCUCCCAGCCACUGCUUCUGCUGCUGUGUCAGCCAGUGCUGCCCAUGCCUCCUCCUCCCCCAUCACCCCAGAGCCCAGGCCCCCACCACACAGCAACUGCAGCCCCGGGGCAGGUCCCUGCAGCGAGCACAGCGGACGCACAAGUACCCCCAGCAUCACCAACAGCCAGCCCAGCACACCAGCCCCAGGCUUGCCCUCGCUGCAUCAAGACCCCCAGAUGCUGCACCACUGCCAGCACUGUGACAUCUACUUCCCUGACAACAUCCUGUACACCAUCCACAUGGGCUGCCACGGCUACGAGAACCCCUUCCAGUGCAACAUCUGUGGCCACAAGUGCAGGAGCAAGUAUGACUUUGCCUGCCAUUUUGCCAGGGGGCAGCAUAAGCAGUGACUUGUCGCCGGGUCAGUGACAAAGGACUGGAGAUGAUGAAUGAAGGUGUUUUUAUUUAAUUCCAUUUAUUUAUUGCUGUUGAUCUUUCUGAAAUUGGCCUUGAUGUAGCCUUUGCAAAUUCUGUGUAGUGAAUUUGAUUUUACAGGAAAGGAAAUAACAUUUGACAGUGCCCAUGUGUAUGUAAUGUGUAGGGAUGGAGUGGUUUAGAGGUACAACUCACUUGACCUGUUUGAUCAUUAAACAUUCCUUAUGUGGGUUUUUAACAUGAACACUAUUUUCAGCCUUACAAAUGUCCUGUAGUUAUAGAUGAUACUAACAUUUUGUGAGAGUGCUCUUUUAGUGGCUUUAACCAUAACCAACUAAACCAUUUCAGAGUGCAAAGACGGCACCAUUCAUGCUUCCAACAGUGCCUACGAUAUUCACAAUUGCUUAACCUGUACUUAAAUCGACACAUCUGACAUCUUUAUUACAUUUUUUCUGUUUGUUGUCUUUAGAUGAGGGUGUUCUGUUGUCGUUUGUGAUGGAUCUAUACACAGUGCCCUUCCUUAACCAGCAGCUUUUUGCUUAUUGGGUGUUGUUGAAAAUAAAGCAUAACCUAUACAUCAUGUUAUAUUCUGACAUUUAAAUGGCAUAUGUCAUUGUGAGAUCCAACACCUUUACUGUCAAAGCAUUAUCACCAUAUCUCUUUUUUCUCUUUUGUCAAUCCUUUUUAGUACAGAAUUGCCAAGUAGCACCAGAGAUGCCAUGUUUUAGCAUACAUGCUAUGCCUUGGGAUUCCUUCUGUCCUUCUAUAAUCAAGGCAUUGCAUAUUAUGGAUCUCAGUGCUUUCUUAGAUAUUUAUUGAGUAUUGUAAUCUACAUUUCUCGGUCAGAUAGGUGUUAUGUGUCAAUGAAGUUGAAAUUAUACUGAAGUGAAGAUUACUGCCAUAGCAGGGUUGUUUUGUAUUGGAUACUGUCGUGUCUGUUGCAUAGCAACAUUUGUGGAGAACAUAGUUACUGUUUCUAGGACUAAUUGCACGUCACCAUGCUUACAGGCGUCCAAUGAUUGAGGGGUUAUGUAAAGGUAAAGUUAACAGAAAAAAAUAACUUGUAAGGGAGUUUGUUUAAUGUGUUGUAUCUUUAUAGAGCAGGUGAAUGUUGAAGCGUUUUGGCGAUCAUUAUAUCCCCUUGGAUGACAAAUCAUUUUAUGUGAGAGUAAUAUUAACACAUUUCUAAGUAAAAUGUUUUCUAACAGAUCUUUUCUUUGUCUCAACUGUCCUUUGUUCUUUUUCUUGGUAUCUAUGAAUUGACAUGCAGUCAGAAAGCAAAUUUCACAUAUUUGAUCUACAGUGCCUUGCAAAAUUAUUC